AUGGUUUUUCCUACAUAUGAUAAUAACGAUGACCUAUCUUCAUGUGAGAGCAAUGUUGAUAUCUAUGAAGUGGUAGCAACAAACAAAGCCUUUGACACGAACCAGGAUAUUACUACUAGAAAAGAAAAUAAUUCAUGCUCAGAAUAUGAAGAUGAUGUUUUCCAGGAAGAAAAAGAUAUGAUUAGCAACACUUUUUUACAAGUUGGAAAGAAAAAAAUAUACACAAUGAAAUUAAAUGUAAACGCAUUAAAAAUACAGAAUGCUAAUUCCCAGAACAAUUCAUAUCUUUUAUUUUUACAAGAUAAUGAAGAACUUUGCUUAUUUGGAUCAGCCUGUGUUCAAAUUGUAAAGGGUGGUAUUGUUUAUAAUACAACACACUAUAAUGCAUCUUGGAAAGUUUUUACAAUUUGGCAAUCAACGUCAAACGCAAUUUCUACAAUUAAAUCAUCAUAUUUUACUUCCUUUUCUGAUAUUAAUACUCUAUUUUUUAAUUCUAAUAGUUCAAUUAAGGAUGAAAAUGCUGAUCUUUUUGAAAAAUAUCCGUGUAUUAUUAAAAUAUCAAACAAUGGUAUUAUGCAAUCAUUAAAAAAAAUUAGUUCACAAGGGUUAACCAGUAAGUUCCUAAAAUUUUGGGAAUUGACGAACAUUAAUGAGAGUAACAACACUUUUCAACUUUUAAAAGAAGACCAUUUAUCGGAGGAAUUUGGUGAAUGGAAACCAGCUUUAAUAGACUACUAUCAAUUUACCACUUUUGACGAUAACAAUUGGAAAUCGGCAUUAGAUAGGUUGUAUAUGAAAUUUUUUGAUUCCACCAAUUCAGUUGGACUAAGAGUUAUGACUAUAGGUGGAAAGAAUAGUGGUAAAUCCACGUUCAAUAGAAUUUUAUUGGAAAAAAUUUUCCAUAAAAACGAUGAUGGUAGUAAUAAUAAUAACAAUAAGGAAUUAAUGACAGUUAAUUAUAUAGAUCUUGAUCCAGGUCAACCGGAAUUUUCUGUCCCAAAUUGUAUUUCCUCGACAGAGUUAAACACUAACAGUUAUAAACAUUUAGGGAAUCCGAUUAUUGUGCCAAUCCAUAAUAUUUUACAAAAAACUUUCUUUAUUGGAUCACCAUCUCCAAAUGAGCAACCAAUCAGAUAUUUAAAACUUUGCGAAAAAUUGAUCGAUGACCUUUUCCAAACGGAUCCUCUGACGCCUUGUAUAAUUAAUUUGACUGGGUGGAUAAAAGGUUUUGGUAUUCAGAUUUUAAAUGAAAUAAUUAAAGCGUACAAGCCCACAGACAUCAUUCUGUUGGAAUCACAGCAACAAGGACACACCAAUGGAUUUCAUCCUGAAUUGGACAUACCAGAUCUUUUCAUCAAUGAAUUUGACUUAAAAUAUAAACCAUCAAUCACAAAAUUGCCAGGUUGUUUUAAUAGCAACCCAACUUCAGUAAAUUCUUUGGCUAAAUUAUGUGACCGUUGGAAUGCUACAUUAAUUAGAGAAUACAAAUUAUUAACUUAUUUCCAUAGGACUGAUAUUUCUGAAUUUGAUUUUACGCCACUCAUAGAAAAGGUGCCUUUAAGAGUAAGUUUCGGGGGGGAUACCAACAAUAAAGGUUUAAUUACUGGAUUUCAUUUUAUAAACGAUGAUAUUGAUUUAAGGGUUUUGACAGAUAACUUUAGAACAUUUUUGGAGGGUUCCAUUCUGUCUAUUUUUAGUGUAAAAAAUGAGUCAUAUGACAAAGACCAAUUUGAACUUUAUGAUAGUAUACCAAUUCUUAAAAAUUUCCCAAUAGAUCACGCGACGUUCUUGACGUUAUCCUUUAUACAUUCGGUUAACGUGAAAGAAAAAUAUGUGAAUUUAUACAUUCCCGAAAUUUGCAAAAAAAAAAUGGAAAACUUAAGAGAAUCUACAAAUUUUAUAAUGAUUAGAGGGAACAUUGAAGUGCCAACAGAAGAAAUCAUUCCCAACGACAAAUUUAUUACUAGGUAUUGCAAAGAAAAGAAAAUUGAUUUUGUCCCAUACAUAUCAUUUAAGCAAAAAAGACCUAAUGAACAUGUCUGGAAGGUCCGUAAAAACAUAAAGAGGAAAAGUCAUUUUACGAAAUAA